AAAAGAAAAAGAAAAUAAUAUAAUUGAAGGUAUAUAAAUUAGGUAGAAUAGCAAAUGCAAAGGGCUGAAUCAUCGAAAUUUUGUCACAUAGGAAUUGUCAAUAGUCAAUGAGGGUGGAAGUAAGAGGAUAAAACAAAAUUGGGUAUUUGUAUUUCUGGAUAUCCAAAGAAGGAAAGGGAAAUCAAUAACCCAAACAGAAAAACAGAGUUUGUUGUAGUUGGAGAAACUUUGAUUUAGUUUUGAAAAUGGAGAAUUUAAUGGGAUUGUUGAGAAUUCAUGUGUUUAGAGGUGUGAAUCUUGCUGUAAGAGAUGUUUGUAGCAGUGAUCCUUAUGUUAUUUUCAAGAUGGGCAAACAGAAAUUGAAGACUCGAGUAGUGAAGCAAAAUAUAAACCCAGAAUGGAACGAAGAUCUAACUCUAUCAAUCCAAGACCCAAGUCUCCCUGUCAACGUGCUUGUAUACGACAAAGAUCUGUUCUCGCUUGACGAUAAGAUGGGGGAUGCGGAGUUUGACGUUCGGCCAUUUGUGGAAGCCGUAAAGAUGAGAUUGAACAAUCUCCCAAGUGGAACCAUCAUAAGAAAGAUUCAACCAAGCAGGGAGAAUUGUUUGUCCGAAGAAAGUUGCAUAAUUUGGGUAAAUGGACAAGUUAUUCAAAAAAUGUUUCUAAGGUUAAGAAAUGUGGAGUCUGGUGAAAUUGAGCUGCAAUUGCAAUGGAUUGAUAUUCCUGGCUCUAGAGGAUUGUAGAUAUAAAUUUGUAAAAGCUGAAAAAACCAUAAUAAGGUACCUUAUGAAAUGGGAUUUUCUUUUUGGACUUUUAA